AAUCCGAAUGAAAUUUUUUGCCUCAUGUGUCUCCCUGUUCCCUCUUCGCAUUUCCAUUCACAACGGUCUCGUAAGUUGUAACUAAUGCAACUUCCAAUUUGACGUGCCAAGCGCGUGCCUCUAUGUGAAAUAUUAAUUCCGACAAUAAAACUCCCAAACUAUUACCAAUUGCUAUAUUCCUCCUAAUUAUUCGCAUCUUCCAUAGCUCUCAAAUCAAUAAUAAUAGUAAUGCGUCUAUUUCCACCUCAAUUAAUUUCUUGUUCCCCACCAACAAAAUUCCCUGCCCUGCGAAUUCCUCAACUUUGUUGUUGGAGAAAAUUCAGCUGUGCAGGUCAGUCUGUGAAGUUUCCCUUUCCUGACUCUAACUGGCAUGUGAAGAAGCCAAAAAUAAUCUGACUCAACCUCCAUAAAUGGACAAAAAACAUCACAUCGCCAUAUAUACUACUGCAAGCAUUCCUUGGCUAACUGGAACUUCCAUCAAUCCUCUUUUUCGUGCUGCAUAUCUGGCAAAAUAUGGUGAACAAAAGGUCACCUUGGUGAUUCCUUCGCUGCCAUUGAAAGAUCAAGAACAUGUUUUUCCGAGUGGUAUCAAAUUUAAUUCACAUUUGGAGCAGGAAAAGUGUGUCCGCCAGUGGGUGGAAGAGAGGACUGGAUUUGCAUCAAAUUUUAGCAUACGUUUUUACCCUGGAAAGUUCUCUCUGGAUAAAAGGAGCAUUAUUGCGUUAGGGGAUAUCACAGUAAUCAUCCCAGAUGAUGAAGCAGAUGUUGCAGUCCUUGAGGAACCUGAGCAUCUUACAUGGUUUCAUCACGGAAAGAGAUGGAAAAAGAAAUUUCGUCUGGUUGUAGGAAUUGUUCACACCAAUUACUUGGAAUAUGUUAGGAGAGAAAGGAAUGCUGUGGAGGCAUUUUUAUUAAAACAGAUAAAUAGUUGGGUUGUUGAUCUUUAUUGCCACAAGGUCAUCAGGUUAUCUGCAGCCACCCAGGAUCUCCCAAGAUCCCUGGUCUGUAAUGUGCACGGAGUCAAUCCAAAAUUCCUACAGAUUGGGAUGAAAACAAUAGGGAAACAGCAAAAUGAUAACCAAGCUUUCAGCAAAGGUGUCUACUACAUUGGGAAGAUGUUGUGGAGUAAAGGUUACAAGGAGCUACUUAGACUCUUACGUGAUCAUCAAAAGGAACUUGCUGGAUUGGAGAUAGAUUUGUACGGUAGCGGUGAGGAUUCUGCUCAAAUUGAGGUUUCUUUUAAGAAGUUGGAAUUGGCAGUUAGGGUUCAUCCUGCGCGUGAUCAUGCGGAUCCUUUAUUUCACAACUAUAAAGUGCUUCUUAAUCCAAGCACAACGGAUGUAGUUUGUACAACCACAGCUGAAGCACUAGCUAUGGGCAAAAUAGUUGUAUGUGCCAACCAUCCAUCAAAUGAAUUUUUCAUGCAGUUCCAAAAUUGCAGAACAUAUGAUGAUGGUGAAGGUUUUGUUAAAGCUACACUCUUGGCAUUGUCUGACGAGCCUGCUCCACUAACUGAUAAACAGAGGCAUGAACUUUCCUGGGAAGCAGCAACAGAGCGAUUUCUGAAAUCAGCACAGCUGGACGUUGUGCCAACAAAGAAAAUAUCAAAGACUAGUUCAAGAUCAUUUCUAUCCACAUCCUUAAGUUUGACGAGAAAAUUCGAGGAUGCAUCAGCAUCGGUACAUUUCAUGGGGACUGGAUUUCUGAGUUCACAACCGGAUGAAGAGCAAUGUAAAGAGCUGGGAUUAGCCAUUCCUUCAAAGAAAAAGGGAUUUUCUUCUGGAAGAUGGAUAUGAGACAUAGUCUGCAGGCUGGUAUCUUGAAAGAUGGGUGGAGAGUGGGAACAAAGAGUCGCUCUCAUAAAUGAAUGAAUGGGUGCAAAUUAGUGUUAUAUGUCUCAUUUUAGAAAGCCAACAAUGUAGUGUUUCUGUUGAAGUGAAGGAUAUGUACUAUUUAGAAUCAACAAUCAUUCAAGUUCUUCUAUUAUAAGGAUAUGUACAGUUGUUGCACAAAUCCAUUUGGCUCCCCUAAUUGGCUGUUUUAAGAGAAUGUUUAACUCCA